CCCCAGCAAGUCAGCCCCGCCCCGCGCCGACGCCUCUCCCCGAUCCCGAUCUGUGUGCCUGGCUGCCUGCAACCUCCGUGGGAUGGAGGCGGCGCGGCAGCAGCAGGAGGAGUGCCCGUGCGGCGGGGCCGAGGCCGCUGACCAGUUCGAGCGGCUCCACGACGCGGUGCUGCUCGACGUCCUCAAUCGCAUCGGCGACGUCAAGGCGCUCGGCCGCUGCGCCCUCGUCUCGCGCCGCUUCCAUGCGCUCGUGCCGCUCGUCGACUCCGUCUUCGUCCGCGUCGACUGCGUCAUCCCUGACGACCCGCCGCCCUCGUCCUCCUCUUCCGCCGCACCAGGCACCUCGCCGCGGCAGGCGCCAGCCCCGGCCGCGCGCGGGCGCGGCGCGCUCGCGCACAUCGCGCGCGUCCUGCUCGGCGGCAUCGCCAGGCCCAUCCACGCGCUCGGCCAGAUCCUCUCCCCCGCCGCCGCGGCCGUCUCCCGGCGCUCCGAGGCACUGCCCGCUUCCCCGCGCGCGCCCGUCGCGGACGUCUCUCACCACUCCCCCUCCGAGGUGCUCCGCUCCUUCAAGGAGCUGCGGCGCCUUCACAUCGAGCUGCCCACGGGCGAGCUCGGCAUUGACGACGGUGUGCUCCUUAAGUGGAAGGCCGACUUCGGCUCCACCCUCGUCAGCUGCGUCAUCCUCGGCGCCUCGUCGAUCUCGUCCAAGCCGCCGACAGGGUACACUCAGGCGGAAUCGGAAACUGCUGCGGCCGCCACUCCCGAUACCAGUCGGGAGACUGAAGAGCCGGGGAGCCUACCUGAUUCUCUUUAUACAAAUGGAGGGCUCAAGCUUCGCGUUGUCUGGACCAUCAGCUCCCUGAUUGCCGCGUCGGCGAGGCAUUACUUGCUGCAGCCGAUUAUCUGUAAUCACGAAUUGCUGGAGAGCUUGGACCUGACAGAUGCUGACGGGCAAGGGGUGCUCACCAUGGACAAGAGGCAGCUGCAGGAACUGCGGGUGCGGCCCGUCUUUCCGUCAGGGAGCUCGCACCGCACCCUCAUGCCGGCUCUCAGUAUGCGUCUGCACUACGCACCGCUCAUUGAGCUGCCUGGGGGAACGCUGCUGAAGGGUGCGACACUAGUGGCGAUCAAACCAAGCGAAGAUGCCUUGAGGGAGGGCCAAGGGGCCGGGGCUGCAGGUCCUGUUGGUACAUGCUGGAUUUCAGAGGCCUUUGAGGAGCCAUAUCGGACUGCGGCAAAGGUGCUUCUCAAGAGAAGGGCAUAUUGUCUUGAAAUGAACUCGUUCUGAGCACCUAGGGGGUUUACUUCCACAGAGUUCUACCCUUCUGACAGGAUGGUGGGAAGUGGGACGCCGUUCAGCUAAUACAGGGGAAUUUAUUAUUCAGAGCAGAAAUUGGACGAAGAUACAUCUAUUUCCCCAUCUGUUGUAUCUGAUUUCGGUGAAAUGGUGACUUCGUGUACCUGUAACUUUAGGGCUAUAAUUACAGAUAUGUAUUUGUGCUGGACUACUACACGCGGAAUGGAAUGUUAUUUGGGCCGAUUUCCGCA